GUGUCAAACGACUGAGUUCCUGGUCUCAGCUGAAAUAAACUGUGUUCACUGUCUGAGUCUUUUCAGUCUGCAUCAGGAUGAGGGUGAAUAUCUACAGCUGCCUGUUCGUCUUUGUUCUGGGCUGUAAUGUCACUGCAGGACCAAUGAGAGGGAUACCACCACCACCAACAACAAUGACAUCACAUCCUCCAACAACAACACCAUCAACUCCACUGAAAAACACAGGAAUGAAAUAUAAAAUACUGAAAGAGAAGGGGUCCAUCACCCUGUGUUGUCCUCAGCCUGUGGAGGGUAAAGUGACGUGGAGCAGAGUGAACGAAGGCAAAGUUGACAUACUUACAGUCGAUGGUGAAGGAGAGAAAGAACACACUGACAAAUGUUCCAGUUCAUCAACACAUGAAUCUCUGCACAUUAAGAGAGCUGCUGUCUCAGACAGUGGAUGUUACCUCUGUAACAAUGAGACAGUUGUCCAGCUGUUUGUGAUCCCAUCAGGAAUACAACGUAAAGUCCGUAAACAGAGAGAGUCCAUCACUCUGCAUUGUCCUCAGCCUGUGGAGGGUAAAGUGACGUGGAGCAGAGUGACUGAACAACAAGGCAAAGUUGACAUACUUACAGUCGAUGGUGACGGACAGAAAGUGCUCAUUGAUGACCAAGACAGACGUUACGGUUCAUCAGAUAAAUCACUGCACAUUAACAGACUUUCUGUCUCAGACAGUGGAAAUUACUUCUGUAACAAUGAGCCAGCUGUGUUGUUGUCAGUGAUCCCAUCAGGGACACCCAGACUCAGUGUUAUGAGGAGAACCAACAUCUCUCUGCAGUGUUCUCCUGGUGUUGGAGGAUCAGGUGUUCCAACAUGGAGCAGAGAAAUUGCUGGAAAACAACAGCAAAUGAGCCGUCGUGUCUCCACUGAGGACAAGACAUUGACUGUAACAAGAGUGCAGCCUGAUGACUCUGGACUGUACUACUGUGAUGGAAAACCAGCUGCAUAUCUGACUGUGACUGAAGGAGAGAAACCUGAGAGAGAGCGUAAGAAUAUUACACCAUCAACAACGACAACAACAACAACACCAACAACAACAACAACAACAACACCAACAACGACAAUGACAACGACAACAACGACACCAACACCAACAACGACAACGACAACAACAACAACAACACCAACAACGACAACAACGACAACAACAACAAUGACAACAUUAAAAACUACACAGCCUAUAACUACAACCACAGCUCCUGAUGGCCCGAGAACAGAUCUUGGUAUGGUUGUUGGAAUAUCUGCCCCCGUCCUCCUCCUCGUCCUCCUCUUCAUCAUCUACUUUACUCGGAGACGCAGGUUGAAAAGACGAGAAAAUGAAGAAAGAGGCCCAGUCUAUGAGGAGAUACUGGAGGGAUCAGUGUGUCAACCUUUGAAUGGAAUAACAUCAACAUACUGCAUGGUAACUUUUCCAGCUGGAUCACACCAGAAUGAUCCCACAUACGCCACCAUCUCUGAUCUUCCACUGACAGCAACCAUGACUGGUUCACAGCUGGCUAACACGUAUUCCUUGCUGGAGAAGCCCAAAGCAGCUGGAAACAAUAACAACGAUCAGUAUCUAUAGUUUUACCUCUAUGUGUCUAUAUAUACUGUAGUUUUAUAUUUUUAUAUGACUAUUGUUGUGCUGUUAGGUUAAAACUCAGCAAGAGCUCCCUAGGAAAGUAAGGCUUAUUAAUAAUGUUAACAAUAAGGGAAAAAAAACUAAACUUUUUCAUGUACGUACUAGCUAUAUAUAUAUAUUAUAUAUUUUCUCUGAACCACAAUAGUAAUAGACAACACUGACACAUUCCAACACAUCCAUGUAAAUAUUGAUCAGUUGAUAUAAAUAUAUCAUUUUAGAAUGCAUGGAAGCCCAUUUCUGUGUUCACGUGAUGAAAAAAUUUUGUAAAUAAUCAAAAGUUCCUCACAAUAAUGACUCAGUAUCAUUCUUUCAUUCAGUCCUUAUCUUGAAUAAGUUUGUCAUUAUGAUAGAGGAUUUUUUUUGUCUUCAUCACAUUGGUGUAAAUGGGCUUUAACCGAGGAGUGUAUCACUCUAAACAAGCUUGAUUUUAAUGAUGUAACUGUCUUUUAUUUAAAAAAAAAAAAUCUGUACAUUUAAUUUUAGCUUUUCCAUGUACACAACAUUUAUUAUUCUAUUUUCUUUCCUUUUUAAAAACAAAUAAUUAAAAAACCAAAUACUUCAAAUCUCUAAA